AUGGCUCCAUUCCAUUGGCAAUCCAAUGUGAAUGUGCAGAAUGUGGGCGUGGAGGACAUGGUCCUGCUCCGCUCCUUGAACGACAACGCCAUUGUGGACAAUCUGAAGAAACGGUUGGCGGCCAAGGCCAUCUUUGUGAGUUUCGUUUGAAUUUCGGGCGAUCUUCUGGGUUUAGAAGGGAUUUGAGAGAAAGCGUGGAAUUUUAUAGAUUGAAACGUCGUAUUUUACCCUUUUAGAAACGUCGUAUUUUACCCUUUUAUGACCAAGAAAAAACCGGUUUUAUAUUCGAUUUUUCGGGUUUUAAAUGAAAAACGCCCGAGUUAGAAGAACGUAUUUUGCCUUUUUUAUCAGUCUGUCGGGAAAAUAACGGCGGAUCGUCGCGCCUCGGAAUCGCUCAUCAUCGCUUUGCGACUGCAAGCCGCGGCUGGGGAUUUGGUGCGCGAUAGCGGCGAGGCGAGACAUUUUGGUGCGACGAUCCGCCGUUAUUUUUCAGACAGACUGAUAUGACCGAAACCCCUGAUUUUUUGACCAUUUUAUGGAUAAAUGGCGUCAUUUCUGGAAAGCUGCUAUUCUUGAAUUUUUUUAUUGUAAUGUUUUAUCUACUUUUUGACCUUUUUUGUAACCCUAUCUUGCUUUUUCCGUCUCCAAACACCAUUUUGGACGAUUUAUGGACAGGAAACGUAAAUUUUAGGUGUAAAAAACGUAAAUGUUUUUAUGAUUAGAAUUAAAGACGAAAGUAACACAAGCCUAUUUCAACCUUCAAUUUACCUUCCAUUCCCUCGGUUUCAGACCUACAUUGGGCCGGUUUUGAUCUCAGUGAACCCCUUCAAAGAGAUGUCCUACUUCACCGAAAAGGACAUGGAACAGUACCAAGGAGCCACCCAGUACGAGAACCCCCCGCACAUUUACGCCCUCGCCGACAAUAUGUACCGCAACAUGAUGAUCGACACCGAAUCCCAAUGUGUGAUCAUCAGCGGCGAGUCAGGCGCCGGCAAAACUGUGGCCGCCAAAUAUAUCAUGACGUACGUGGCGCGGAUAUCGGGCGGUGGAUCCAGGGUCCAACAUGUAAAGGAUGUGAUCAUCAAGUCGAACCCGCUGCUCGAGGCUUUUGGGAAUGCGGCAACGCUGAGGAAUUGGAACUCGUCCAGAUUUGGGAAAUACGUGGAAAUUCAGUUUGGAAGAGGUAUGUGGAAGGGUGUAAUUGGGACUUUUUAGAUGCGAUAGAUAGUAAGGGAAGAGGUGAUGCGGCUUUUUGUUGUGGAAACUUUUGAUUUUGAGCUGUUUUGACUAAAUGAAGCUCAAACUUGCCUAGUGUAAUAUAAUUUUUGCCUCUAAACCAAUAUUUUUGGUGUCGGACUUCCUUUUUUUGAUUGUGAGAUGGUCGAAAAGAUCUUUAUUUUUAUUUUUUAAACCAGGUUGGCUUUCAAAAUUUAUCGAUUUUUUUUGUUAUGACAAAAAUUUUCGAAAAAUCACCUUGUUUUAUGAAAAAUUUAAUGAGACUUGUCAAACAAAAACUUUUUUGGCGGAAUAAAGUGCUACUGUUAAUACUCAAACAUCGCUUGAGGCAGAUUUGGACCAAAAAUUCAUCUUUUGAUACCUAAAAUAAUAUAAUUUUUUCAGGCGGCGAGCCGAUUGGUGGUAAAAUCUCCAACUUCUUGCUGGAAAAGUCGCGAGUUUGCAAUUUGGGCAAAGGCGAACGCAACUUCCACAUCUUUUAUCAACUCUUGGCGGGCGCUGACAAAAAUAUGCGAGAGAAUUUGGGGAUCAGCAAUCCGGAUUAUUACGGGUAUCUGGCACAAAGUGGAUGCUAUGAGGCGGAAGGGACCGAGGACAGAAAGGAAUUUGGAGCCACUUUGGAGGCCAUGGAGACGGUCGGAAUCAGCGAACAGGAUCAAUUACAGAUCCUGCAGAUGGUCUCCGCGAUAUUACACAUUGGAAAUAUCACGUUCGCAGAGGACGGAAACUACGCCAAGAUUAUGAGUGAUGAAUGUGAGUGACUUUUUAGGCUAUUUUCGUUUUUUUAUGCAUUUUUUUAUAAAUUUUAAAAAUUUUUAAUCAAAAAAGCUGAAUUUUGCCUAUGAUUUGGUAAAAACGAAAAAAUAAAUCAUCUCAAAGGAUUAACAAGCGUAUUUUAUAAUCCAAAAAAUAUUUUCAGACCUCCAGUUCCCCGCCUACCUACUCGGAUUGACCACUGAAGCCAUAAAAUCCAAGUUGACCAGCAGAAAAUUGGAAUCGAAAUGGGGAAAAGAGACCGAACAGAUCGAUGUUCAGCUAAAUGUGGAACAAGCCAUCUACAACAGAGACGCGUGGGUCAAAGGAAUGUACACAAGGUUGUUCGAUUAUCUCGGUAAGUCAUUUUUUAAUGAGAGAAAGACUUGACACAUUUUUGGGUCAAGUCUUUUCUUCGGAAAAAAAGUUUGGUUGAAUGGGGUACUUUUUGGAAAUAUGGUUUUUUAUUGAAUGAAAAUGAAAUUUUACACGUUUUUUUUAUGAGAGAAAGACUUGACACAUUUUUGAGUCAAGUCUUUUCUUCGGAAAAAAAGUUUGGUUGAAUGGGGUACUUUUUGGAAAUAUGGUUUUUUAUUGAAUGAAAAUGAAAUUUUAAACGUUUUUUUUAUGAGACGAAGACUUGACACAUUUUUGAGUCAAGUCUUCUUUUCGCAGAAACCCCAUAAAUUUUCGUUGAUUUCGAUAUAAAGUAAAUAUUUUUAGUAAAUUCCGUAAACGCAGCACUCAAGUCGACAGUAAAACACGACUCCAACCUCUCAAUCGGCAUCCUGGACAUCUACGGAUUCGAAAUUUUCGAUAACAACGGCUUCGAGCAGUUCUGUAUCAACUUUGUCAACGAAAAACUCCAACAAAUCUUCAUCGAGCUGACCCUCAAGGCCGAACAGGAGGAGUACAUCAGUGAGGGAAUCCAUUGGCAGCCCGUCGAUUACUUCAACAACAAAAUUGUCUGCGAUUUAAUUGAAGCCAAACGCCCGCCGGGCAUCAUGUGCCAUUUGGACGAUAUUUGCGCCCAAAUUCACGGACAGAGCGAGGGAUGCGACCAGAAGUUCCUGGUCAAAAUGAACCAGAAUGUGGGACAGAACCCGCAUUACAAGCCGGGCGCCAGCAGCUUCUUGAUCACCCAUUACGCGGGCGAUGUAAAGUAUGACAUUGAUGGAUUUUGCGACAAAAAUAGGGAUGUUCUAUAUCAGGAUCUCAUUCAAUUGAUGCAGACGAGCGAAAGGUUGGUUUUGAGAGGCGUUUAUUGGGAUUUUGAGCGAAAAAUUAUAUUAUACAUGAUCAAGUUCAAGGUCGUGGAUAAUAUAUUUGGUGCAGUGAAAGUUUUAAUUCUGCUGAAAUAAGUCGAUUUGAGGCUAAUGGCUGUUAUUUGCGUUCAUUUCUGGUAGAUUUAGUGAAGGAAUAUUAUGUUGUCCAUGAGCUUGGUCAAGUGUAAAAUAAGAAAAUUUUAGCUCGUAUUUUGAACCUCUGACAGGCUAAAAUAAGAAAUUUGAGAUCCGAAGCUCAUGCGGAAUGUAUUUUCAGCAACUUCAUAAGGUCAAUGUUCCCCGAGAGCACCACUUUUGGAGCCAAAGCCAAGCCUUCAAGUGCUGCAACUAAGAUCCGAACUCAAGCAAAUCAUCUGGUCGAUUCGUUAAUGAAAUGUUCUCCUCAUUAUGUGCGAUGUAUCAAGCCGAAUGAAAGGAAAAAGGCGUUGGAAUUUGACGAAGAACGGUAAGAAAAUUGGAAAAUGUAUUUUUGACUGCAGUAAGCCAAAAACGAUGAUUUUUCUCAGAAAAAAUUAGUGAAAUUGAGCAGCCUGUUGAAUGAUUUAGAUAGAUUAAACCUCGAAGAAGAUUUACUGCAAUUUUGGGGUCUUGAUUUUUGUUUAGAACUUUUCUGGAGACCGUUUUUUUAUAUUACUCUAGGUCAGAGGAUGACUAAAAUAAUUUUCGAAAUUUUAGGGUAAAACAUCAAGUCCGUUAUCUCGGCCUCAAAGAGAACGUGCGCGUACGGCGUGCCGGUUACGCGUACCGUCGUCCCUUCGACAAAUUCCUCUGGCGAUAUGCGAUUUUGACCGAAGAAACGUGGCCCACCUUCAAUGGAACCGUCCGAAAUGGAUGCGAAGUAAUCUGCCGACGAAUGGGACUGGCCGAAGACCAAUUCCAGCUGGGGAAGACCAAAAUCUUCAUCAAGAACCCGGAGUCGUUGUUCAUGCUGGAAGAGGCCAGAGAGCGGAAGUACGACGCCUUCGCUCGGGUCCUGCAGAAGGCCUUCAAGAAGUUUGUGGCUGCAAAGAGGCUGGUAAAGCAGAAGGAAGAAGCGUCUCAGUUGGUCUACGGCAAGAAACAACGACGAAAACACUCGAUCAAUAGGAACUUUGUGGGCGAUUAUAUUGGAAUCGAGAAUCGACCAGCUCUGCAGGCAUUGGUCGGAAGGAGGGAGAGAAUCGACUUUGCACAUGCAAUGACAAAGAUUGAUAGGAGGUUUAAGGUGAGAUAGGGGGUCAACGGAGAUUUUAAAGUAGGAUGGGGAGUUUUGAGCGUGAGUUUUGAGACUUUUGGAUAUUACUUUAGACGAAAAAUCGAUGAAAAGGUGGAAAUCUGGAAGAAAUUUAGUAAAGGAACGUUUGGUUUAUAAGGAAAUGUACUCAAUAUUAAAUAUAAGAGGAUUUGGAGAUCCUCGGCACCUUUAAUUAACUACGAGUUAACUUAUAAUCGGAUUUUUUGAUAUUGUUUUAGAAAAAAGUUGGCUGAAAAGAGCGUAAAUUCCAGAAAUUUUAUUGCUCCUGGUUAAAAUGAAAGUUGGCGCCUAUAAUAAAUAAAAUUUCCUUUUUAGAGUUCAAAAGUGGACGUACUAUUAACUGCCAAGUACCUGUGGCUAAUUGGACGAGCAAUCGAGAAGAAUGGAGUGAACAAGGGAAAGGUCAUCGAUGUUGUGAAGAGGUGGGUCUGAAGUACAGUGGAGGACCUGAUCCAGUGGCAAAAAAACGUACCAUUUUGCAUCCAGGAAAUAUCAAAAAUGUGGCAAGAUACAUCCCUCUCCAAGUGAAAAAACUCAGGUUUCAAAAGCGCGCCCGCUCUUUUUGUGUGGGAAAAGCGCCCUUCAAAACGAAGUUUUUUCGCUUGGAGAGGGAAGCAUUUUGCCACAUCUUUCAUACUUCCCGAAUGCAAAAUGGUACGUUUUUUUGCCACUGGAUCAGGUCCGCACUGUAAUAAAUUUAGUCGGUUUUAUCACUGUUUGUAUCUAAUACUGAGCCUCCAUGGUAAAAUAUCCCUUUUGAUAGUCUAUAUAUUGAUUUCAGGAAGAUCCCGCUGGAGAAUAUCACUGAAAUUGGUCUCUCCACCCUCCAGGAUGACUAUAUCUUCCUCCAAGUAAAAGACGAAUACACAAGUGUGCUGGAGUCCCCAUUGAAAACCGAGAUGUUGACGGCGAUGAACAAGCGCUAUCGAGAGGUGGUGCCGGGUCGCGAUCUGCCUCUUCGCUUUGCGAACUCCCAUACAGCGAUUUUGAAGAAACUCAAGUAUAAUAUAAUCGGAUCGCCCGGAGUCCGAGAUUUCAAGUUUGUUGAGGACACAUCGACCCUCAGAGUUGUGGCGCAACCCGAGAAGAAGGUUUUGGUCGUCAAAGUUCCGCCAGGUUUACCCGCAACCACUAGUAAGUCUAGGUUUUUUUAUUAUGAUACUUUUUUGAGGGUUUUUGCAGAAUUUUAAUGAUAAAUCUUAUUUUCAGAGCCGACCAAUCGUCCAGUCUCGGUUCAGAAGUCGACAUGGGCGUCGAGACAGUCUGCCGCCAGAGUCGACCAUCAUCCGAACAUCCUCAGCCAACACAAACCCCCUCAAUUGUUCCGAAACACCAUCGAAGAGCAUCAACACAAUCCCGCAGCGAUUCUGGCGAAUGCUAUGAGCUCCAACCAGAAGGUCCAUCCGAUGGCGGAUCAGGUGCCGGCAUCGCGGCCAGUCCCCAAACCCAAACCGAUGGUCAAACCGCGAGGUCCCACGGUACGAGCAAUGUAUCCGUAUGACGCCCAAGACACCGAUGAAUUGUCGUUCUGCGAGGGUCAAAUCAUUGAGCUCAUCAAGAAAGGUGAGUACUAACUGUUUGGAGUGGGACGAUUGGGAAACCGGAAAGUAUUAUUUAAUACUUUUCGGUUUCCCCAAUCGUCUUUUUCCUCAAUCGUCCAACUCCGAACUGUUUCGGACCUUACUUCAAAAAUUAUCCACCAAAUUUUGUUCAGUUUUUGCCUCUAGUGCAAUAUAAUAUUGUCUUCAAAAUCACUAAACUCUUGAUUUCAGAUGAUUCAGGAUGGUGGCAAGGCAGGAUUGGCCCGAAAAUGGGGCUGUUUCCCGCCAACUACGUCGAAGAGCAUUGA